UGACGCUAUUCUCGCUUUCAUCGCGCUUAGUGUGCAUGUGCUGAGUGAGUCUCAUCUCAACUCAUUCUUUCUCUCUCUCUCUCUCUCUUACUCUAAUCCUCUUUUGUAUUUAGUAGCUACUAUUUUGUGAAAACGCACAAAACCAAAGACGUCGACGUAGGCAUUCAGUUGCAGAAAAUCAAGGCGAAGCCGAAGGUGAAGAAGAUCUUGUAAUUCCGAACCCUAUUCCUCGCUUCACCGAUCAUUUGGAUCCAUUCUAUAAAUGAAGGCUAACAAAGCCAUAAACCCUCUCAUCACCUUCGAGCAUAAGAGGGAUGCCUAUGGGUUUACCGUGCGACCUCAACACUUGCAAAGAUACCGUGAAUAUGCUAACAUAUACAAGGAGGAAGAAGAGGAGAGGUCAGACCGAUGGAAGUCGUUUCUAGAUCGGCAGGCAGAAUCUUCUGAAUUAGCCACAAACAGAUUAGCUGUGGAGCAAGAUGAGAAAGUUUUGGAUGAUGAAGCUGCACAGCAAGAAGCUGAUGCUUGCUCGGAGAAGAGUGUUGAUGUAAAUGAAGCAAGCAACGAAAAGCCUGGUUCUGACACUACAGCUGAAAAUGGUAAUCAAAAGGAGGAGGUACCAGCAUCUGAGGAGACUAAAAUUCAUAGAGUCCAGUUAUGGACAGAGAUAAGACCAUCUCUCCGUACUAUUGAGGAUAUGAUGAGCGUUCGCGUAAAGAAGAAAACUGGAUUGGUAAAAGAUGAAAGAAACAAGAAAAAUGUGUUAAAAGAUGAACAAAUCAUUGAAACUGCAAAAUCAUCAUCUCACUCUGAUGAUACUAAAUCACUAAAAGGAGCAUGUGAGGAAGACUCUGAUGAGGAGUUCUACGAUGUUGAGAGGUCGGAUCCUAGUUCAGAUAUGCCUCCUGUUGAUGGUGUGAGUGCUUCUGCAAACGGUAUUGCUGCUGAUGAUGCACCACUAGAGGCUUUGUUUCCUUGGAAAGAAGAGUUGGAAGUUCUUGUUCGCGGGGGAGUGCCAAUGGCGCUGAGGGGAGAGCUUUGGCAAGCAUUUGUGGGUGUAAAAGCAAGGCGAGUGGAUAAGUAUUAUCAGGAUCUGCUAGCCUCAGAGAGUGAUUCUGAAAUUAAAACUUAUCAGCAAAGCAUGCACUCAGCUGAUAAUAAUGGGAAAACAAGUGCAGAUUGUGUACGUGUGCCCGAAAAAUGGAAAGGACAGAUUGAGAAGGAUCUGCCUCGAACAUUUCCUGGUCAUCCUGCACUAGACGAGAAUGGUAGAAAUGCUUUGAGACGACUACUUACUGCAUAUGCUCGACAUAAUCCCUCAGUUGGUUACUGCCAGGCCAUGAAUUUUUUUGCUGGCUUAUUACUGCUUUUGAUGCCGGAAGAAAAUGCCUUUUGGACCUUAAUGGGCAUUUUGGAUGAUUAUUUUGAUGGCUAUUAUUCAGAACAAAUGAUAGAGUCUCAGGUGGAUCAACUUGUUUUUGAUGAGUUGGUGCGGGAGAGGUUUCCCAAAUUGGCCAAUCAUCUAGAUUAUCUGGGAGUGCAGGCAGCAUGGGUUACUGGACCAUGGUUCCUUUCCAUUUUUGUGAACAUGCUUCCUUGGGAAAGUGUUCUUCGAGUGUGGGAUGUGCUUCUUUUUGAAGGAAACCGAGUCAUGCUAUUUAGAACUGCAGUUGCUUUGAUGGAGCUAUAUGGUCCAGCAUUGGUAACAACUAAGGAUGCUGGAGAUGCAGUUACUUUACUGCAAUCGUUGGCUGGCUCCACAUUUGAUAGUAGUCAGCUUGUAUUGACAGCUUGCAUGGGUUACCAAAAUAUAAAUGAAAUUCGAUUGCAGCAGCUGAGGAAUAAACAUCGGCCAGCUGUAAUAGCUGCAGUUGAAGAAAGAUCAAAAGGGCUUAAAGCUUGGAGGGAUUCUCAGGGUCUGGCAUCAAAGUUUUUUGGUUUUAAACAUGAUCCUAAAUCGGAGCAAUCGGCUGAUAUGCAAAUGAUUGGGGAUUUAUCUCGUUCAGAAUCAGGUUCCACUAACGCAGAUGAAAUUCUGAUUAGUCUGACUGGAGAGGUUGAGAUAGAUUCUGCUCCAGAUCUUCAAGAGCAGGUUGUCUGGCUGAAGGUUGAACUUUGUAGAUUACUAGAGGAGAAAAGAUCAGCUAUUCUCAGAGCGGAGGAGCUGGAGACAGCUUUAAUGGAGAUGGUCAAGCAGGAUAAUAGGAGGCAACUGAGUGCCAAGGUAGAGCAACUAGAUGAAGAGGUUACUCAGCUUCGACAAGCACUUGCCGAUAAGCAAGAACAGGAAACUGUCAUGCUUCAGGUCUUGAUGAGGGUAGAGCAAGAGCAAAAAGUGACAGAGGAUGCUCGCAGGUUUGCUGAGCAAGAUGCAGCUGCACAAAGAUAUGCUGCCCAAGUGCUUCAGGAAAAGUAUGAAGAAGCAACUAUGGCACUUGCUGAAAUGGAGAAGAGAGCAGUUAUGGCAGAAUCUAUGCUGGAGGCUACGUUGCAGUAUCAGUCUGGGCAAGUUAAAGUGCUACAAUCUCCACGAUCUUCACAUCCAGAGUCUCCAGUAUCGAGAAACAAUCAAGAGCCUACGACAGAUCUCCCUAAUAAGAGGAUAGGUUUGCUUUCUCGUCCAUUUGGAAUUGGAUGGCGUGAUCGAAACAAGGGGAAAUCCACUAAUGUGGAAGAGCCAGCAGAGGGAAAGCUCAUCGUUGAGGGACAAAGUACAAUCAGCCAACAAGAGGGUAAUGAACUUAAACUACAGGAUGAGUAGGAAAGAAGAUAGCACCGAGAUUUUCUUUAUGUCCUUCCCAAGACGGUUUGAGGAGCAAGAAGUUCGUUCCUUCUUCCUAGUCUUUAAUUUUUGUUUAGGGUGAACAUAUAAUUUCCUAUUCAUUAAUUGUUUGUUCUUUAUGACGUAAUAGAAUAAUAGUAAUUGGAAAGAAAGCCUACGGUGGAAGUCAAUUGUAAUACAUCUUGGCUUAUUC